AUGGCAACACCCCAAGCAUCCCACGCCAGCAAGAAAAUCGCAGUCACGCCCAAUGAAUCCGAGCUCAUACCCUUCGACCACAGCGCCGCCGGACAUGAAGGAAUCAGCUCCAACGCGUCCGGCUCCCUGAUCAUCAAGCCCUGCACGCGAGCCGAGAUCGACUUCUACGAGUCCGCGAAAGACCACCCCCUCUUCCAGGCGCAUAUGCCCACCUUCAUCGGCUCUUUGUCCCAACAUGAAGACCAAGACGCAGUCGCACCCAUACUCCAAGGGGCAUCCCACCACGGCGUAGCCGCGCCCGCGGGCGUCAUCGCCGACCCGACCCCAGGCCUCAUUAAGCGCGCGACCUGGAAACCUUCGGGCGGGAAGAAGCUCUCCACAGGCACGGCGAUCGUCUUGGAGAACGUGGCGAGCGGGUUCAAACGUCCGAAUGUGCUGGACGUGAAGCUCGGCUCGAGGCUCUGGGACGACGAAGCACCGCUGGCGAAGAGGAGAAAGUUGGACGAAGUGGCCGAGCGGACAACGAGUGGGAGUCUGGGCUUUCGAGUUGCAGGCAUGAAGAUCUGGGGUGGUGGAGAAGACUCCAACACGCCGCUGUCGCCCGUUGAGAACGAGUACGUCGAGGUCAAGAACGGGUAUAAAUCCUACAACAAGUUCUAUGGGCAGUCUUUCAAGGCGGAGAACGUGGUUGAUGCUUUCACCGCGUACUUUGGUGCGGUUGAAGAGAGCGGCGACGGCGCAGCAGUCGAGAAGAAGGUCACUUUGAAGCAAAAACGCGCACGGUUCAUCGUCCAGCGAUUCAUCCGCGAACUGGAGAGUAUUCAGUAUGUGCUCGAGAACGAAGAGAGUAGGAUGUACAGCGCGAGUGUGUUGAUGGUGUAUGAAGGCGAUGAGGACGCCUUGGAAGAAAGUAUUGCCAGGGAGGAGAAUGAAGAUGGUGAAGAGGGCAGGAUCAAUGACGAAGAUGAGGACGAAGAUGAAGACGCCGAUGAGGAUGAAGCACAGGACACAAAACCACACAAGAUCCACGAGGUACGACUGAUUGAUUUUGCGCACGCCAGGUGGACGCCCGGUGACGGGUCAGAUGAGAACGCGCUCAAGGGCAUAAGGUCUGUUCUUGACAUUUUGCGGAGCCUGGUGGACUGA